CAAGCAGCAGGCAGCAGCGUCACCAGAAUUUGGGCUGCAUGCAAGAUGCUGACGUUGCUGCAUGGAGCGCGCCCGGGCACCAACACGAAUCGAAAGCAGUCGAUGUCUUGACUUCUCGCCACCUCUGUACAUCUCUCACGCUUGACAACGACCCAUCUCGCAAGAGAGUGGAAGCGGUCCUUUCGACAGUCUCGCCUCCUUGCCUCGAAAACGCUGCUGCGCACCACUUACACCAUUGAGGCUUGUCUUGAUCUCUUUUAAUCGACAACGAUGGACGACGCUGGGCCGGCCUCCACCCCAGCUGGGGGCCGCUCGCCUUCAGCGCCUCCCAACCCGGCUGAGCAUGUUGGUACCAGUGCAGCAGGCGCAAAUUUCACACGCAAGCGACAAAGCCCCUCUGUUCAACAUAACAACAUGAUCGGAUCUGGGAGACGGAAGCUCGAUCCAGAUUCCAGUGUUGAGUUCCUCGCCUUCACCCCCGCAACCAAACGGGACACGCGCUCUGGCCAAGGCUCUACGACCUCUGGACAGCUAUAUCCGCCAGCUAUCGCGGCCCGCUCACAGGAUCAGGCCUCGCGCCUUCCCACAUCUAUGGUAACAAACCCACCUAGACGCACGCGCUCACAAUCACGCAACUCGCACUCGCCGAGAACAAAGCUUGUCGCGCUUGGUUCUCCCUCAUCAGAUGGAAAGGCCAAGAAGCAGGAGUCCCUGCUUCCCAUUUCAGACGAAAACGAGCCGAAGAAGGUGGCAUUGGCAGGUAAGAGCCACACAGGGCUGGCUCGAUCUGCCUCGCCUUCGACGUCCGAGAAGCCUCUCAAAGGUGCUCCAGAUUCUUCUUCGAAAGUUGCAACCUCUCUAGGAGUCCAUCGAGGUACCACAGAGCUUGAGCUCAGCCUCGUCAGGGCUGAGAAAGAGAUGGAGUCGAAGAAUAACUUCAUUGAGGCUUCGAGGAGCAUUAUCGAAAACAUACACUCCAUGUGCACCUGCACCAUUUGCCUCGAUCUUGCGUGGCGCCCACACGUCCUGACACCCUGUGGGCAUACCUUCUGCGCACGUUGCUUGGUGGGCUGGUUUGAAAAACGCGAGCCCCAUGAAUCAGAGCCCCGGGCAUCUCUCACACCCGCAGAACGGCUUGCCUUUGAGCGCCGCGCCACACAGCGCAGAGUCAAACUCUGCCCACAUUGUCGCGCGCGCGUGGAGGCCCGUCCAGCAGAGGUAUGGAUGAUCAAGGGUUUUCUCGAUCAACUCGAUUCAGCUGUACGAUCUGGUCACGGUCGCGGCGGCGAGGACUCCACACCUUCGACGCGUCAGGACAAGGGUGACGACAUGCCUCAAGGGACAGAUCUCUGGAAGCACAUCUUUCCUGAGGCAGGCCACAACAAGCUCAUCCACGAUGUGGAAGAUGGAGUCAUGCGCUGCGGCGAUUGCUCAUCUGAGGUCGUAAGGGGCAUCUGUACCAACCCUGACUGUGCUCUUGAAUACCCAGAAGCCGAUGACUACACCGGCAGCGGUGGGUUCUCUCCGUAUUCGGACUGGGACGGUCAAGGUAACCCCUUCGAAAUUUACGAUAACCACAGACUAGCUGCAAGGCUCUUUGAGCACGGCCUCGACGAUAUAGGUAGUGAUGACGAGGACGAAGAGGACGAUGAUUUCAUUGACGACGAAGAACGCGCAGACCACGAAGCCUUCAUGGUGGAAGAUGGUGAAGAGGACGAGGACGAGGACAAUGCGAUCGGUUCAAAUGCUGCUCGACGCUUGGCGGAGAGAAGGCGCAACCGACAAGCCAACCGGGCAAACAACAUUCAAGUAAUCUCUUUGGACGACUCCGACGAGGGCGGAUCCUCCGACGUCGAGAUGGUGCAGCCCUCCCGAAGCGCUCAAGAGAGUGGACGCAGUAGCUCAGGCGGACAUGGAGCCGGCUCUGCCGCACCUUCGCGUAGUGACGCGUUGUCCGGUCAAGAGCCGGCUCGCGCUGAUCAGGAUGGACGAGCUGCUCCAAGCUCUACCGCUUCCGAGUCUUUUGACACCGCGCGCGAGCGAGACUCCGCGAAUAGCACUCCCAUUCCGGGUCACCCUAGCUCGCACUCCGAGCAAGAGUCCUCUUCUGGCCAGGCGGAAGAUUCGGACGCACUCAGCGAUGUGGAAGAGGAUGAGGGCUUUGACCUCGACCAGAUGAGAGACGACGAGCAAGAGGCGAUCUUCGAUGAGGAUAACGAAGACGAGCCAGAAGAGGAAGACCGCGAGUAA